AUGUUUAACAACUACAAAUUGAAUUUGAAAGAAAAUGAGCUUUAUUAACAAUUCAAUGAUAAGCUCCAACAAAGUUUGUAAGAAGAAUUCAUUCUUGUAAUUGAUGCAUUUGAAUUUCAAAUAAAUCAACGUGUUCUUGAAUAAGAAAAGUUGUUAGAUUAGAUAAAUAAUUUAUAAUUGCAAACACAAAAUAAAUUAGAUUAAGAAUUGGCCAAGUAAAAUCAAUACUAAUUAUUUAUUAGCAAUUUCGAACUCCAAAAAUAAAUCAAUUAGUUGAAUGAAUAAUUGUAAUAACAAAACACUCAAAUCUCAUUUCUAAAUAAAUCAAUGAAAAAUGUAUAUAUAGAACAACUAGAUUUGUUUUCACCUAUCAAAGCUCCUUCUCUCUCCCCUUAAAUUACAAGGACAUAAUGUAAUUACAUAUUCUCAUUAAUUAGCUAUCAAUAAGCAAGUUAAAAGAAAAUUAUUAAUGACAGAUAAAGAAAAUGAUAAUCAAGGUAAUUGUUACAGCAGCAUAAAGAAAAUUAGAUAAAAUGAAUAUUUUCUUGAUGAAUAAGAAUUUCUGGUUUAUUUCAAAGAGCAAUGUAUGAAAGAAUUUUUAGACAAAUAAAUGGAAAGAGAAUAAGAAUUAUAUAAUUUAUGGCAGAAAAUGUAGAAUCAGAGUUUGCAAAAGUGUCAAUAAUUACAAGAAACAAUCGAUUUUGUAUGUUCCCAAAUAGAUGCUUAUAAAUAACAAUAUCAUUCUGAUAUUAAACUUUAUACUGAUGCACUUUAACAUCUUGAAAUGAGAGUUUCAAAAUACAAAAUUGCAUUUCAACAUAUACUUCAAAAUAAUUCUGAUUUGCUUGAGCUUGAUAACAUCAUCCAUCUAGCAAAAUCUCUAAAUAGUGACUUUGAUAAUGUGAAUGAUAUAGACAAACUAAUUGAUCUCCUAAUGGAAUUCAAUUAGACGAGCCAAAAAUUCAAUAUGAGUCUUCAAAAUAAUUAAAAUCUUAAGAUUUAAAAUAUGCAGAACCAAAUACAAGAUUUAGAACUAUAGAAAAAGGAGUACAAUGACAUUAAAGUUCAAAGAUUGGAAUUGCUGGAACUGAGUUAGUAGAUGAAUAGCAAGAUCAUAUAAUAAUCCAACUAGAUUGAAGAAAUGAAUCAGUAAAUAGCAUCUCUUACUUAAUUAUUUGCUAAGUCCUUAUAGGAUUUAGAAAGAAUACAAGGCGAAAAUGAAACCCUAAGGAAAUCUUAUAAUUGUAAUACUAACUUUAGUAAUACUGUUACAACUAGAACUUAAGAAGGGAGCGUGAGUUUAAAGAAUCAUUUUAUAGCAAAUAGAUAUUCCACAUAUAUUCCUAGAGAAAGUAUUAGUUGCAAGAAUUCUUACAGAAUAGAUCAAAGAUAAACAAAUUUCAGUUCUGAUUUUAAAAAAUCAUAACCUAAUUAUGAGCUUGAUGAUAUUUGUUGCUUGCUAGAUUAAUUAUUGAAUUAAGGCUAUUCUAAUAACACUCUGGAUUUCAUUAACAAUGUAAAUUAAUGAUUAUAAUCUUAGUUCUAAAGUUAGAGUGGCAAUUUCAAGAUUCAAAUGCUAUGGCAAAAGCUUAAAGAUUUCUUAGUAAUUGUUUACUAUUCAUAUAAUUAAUAAGAUGAUAUGUUUAUAUCGUUAAACAGAUUUAUUAGUGAUCUCAAAUUACCCAUCAACUAAUUUGAAUUGAUUAUUGAAGAUGGUUUGCAACACACAACAAGCAAAUUGGAAUCUAAUUCCGUUCUCUUAUGUUAGUUGUUACAUCGAUUGGCAUCUGAUAUGCAUGAUAUGAAAUCUUCAUCAACUUAUAUUUUCGAAACGAACAUAAAAGGAGAACCUCAUAAAGAUUAUUCAUAAAGCAUAAUGCAAGAAUUGACCAAUCUAUCAAAAUAAUUGAUUCAUAUCUGUUAGGAGAAUGAUGAUAUAAUUGUUUUACAAAUUGAAAGGUAGAUUGAAAUACAAGAAUAAUUAAAAUUAUAAAGGAAUAAGUAGCUAAGAGACAUUCAAACAAGUACUUGUAAAAUAUUGAUGGAAUUAUUUAAGGAAUGGAAAUAAAACUAUCUUAAUAUCUCUUAGAUCUUGUUGAUCCUAUGUAAGGGUUGGCAACAAUUAUAGUAAUAGAGACAAGAUAGAGUGUUGGAUGGAAUAUUGAAAAAUGUACAUGAUGAAACAAAAUAAUUAUAAAAAUCUAAUUUAGGAUAAAUAAUUAGUUAAGAAUUGAAAACAUUUUCAUUUAUAUAUAAAUAAUGAACUCUAUAAUACAACAAUAUUUCAAUCAAAUUGCUUAUGGCAACACUAUAGCUCCUUUGACUAAUCCAUAAAGAGUUCUUGAUCAUGAUCUCUUGGUUCUCUUGAUUUCAUCCUUUCUAGAAGAUCAAGAUUUACUACACUUUAUAUAAGUAACAUAUUAUUUCAUAUUCCUAGGUAAAUUCAAAGAUAAGGCAUUUGUCAAAAGGAUGUAACUAAUUGAAUGUGAGAGUCUUAUAAAUUAGAUUAACCAAGUAAAAAAUAAUCUUAGAUGUAUUUGUUAUUUUUAUUCUUUCAUUAUAGAACUUUAUUGAAGAUCCCAGUUUUAUAAAUAGUAAGCAUCGUAACAACUUGUAUUUUUAUUAGUUCAAUCAUAAAACACUUGAACAGAAAUACUUUAUAAAACUUUAAGAUUUACUCAGAACUAAAAAGGAUCAAUAAUAAUCAUAAAUAUAAUUAUAAAAUAAUAAACCUUAACAAAAUGAGUAGCUAAUCUACAAAGUAUAAACAGUAUAGACUGAAGUUCCAAAAAAUGACAUGGAAAAACUGAUUUCAAAUAUUUACACUUUAAUAAAUGAGGAGCCUGAACAACCAAUUAAAUCAUAUAAAUUAAAUAUUAAAAUUGUAGAUUAUAUAAUUUAUUUUAGAAUGAUAUUACAAAAAAUUUAUGCCCAAUUGUUCAAUAUAAUAGAGUCAAGCAAUUAGCCAAGAAAAUUAAAGCCAAGAAGUAAUAUGAAAUUAUUCAUUUAUGA